UUUAUAUUUCCUGGGGUCACAAGUUUCCGCUUGCAGAGGAGAAAUCAAAUAACAUAGCGACAACACAAUCAUUUAGUAUCGUUGCUAGCAACACAUAAAGUAGACAGUAAUUACAUUGGAGAAAAUACAGAAUCAUUAGAAGUGUUGAAGUAGCUAAUCUAACGAAUAGAAUAAAUAACACUUAGUUCCUCCAAUGUAUAGACGUUACUAUUGCUUUUCUGUGCUAAUCUACCAAAUGGAAUAAAUAAAGGAUACUCCUACCACUGCAAAAUAUAUGAUCGUGGCUAAAGAGUGAAUGAAUAUUUUAAUGUGUGUUUUGUCAUUGGGAUUUAUGAAUAUCAACUAAAUGGUAAUGCAUUGAAGAGCAAGGAGAACAGUUUUAAGAAAUGAAAUGAUAUUGGAUUUUUCACUUCACUUUGCAUUAAUUGGAUUCAUGUCUUUAGCAGUUUCAGUGGCUGGAUUGAAGUGUUUUAACUGUGAGAACCACGUUAACCCUGCAUGUGGGGUUUAUUUUAAGGCAUAUCAGUUUAAAGCCGAUCAUUGUCCAGGACCAGAUGCUAAAUGUGCCUUGCAACGACAACCUGACAAAGGAUGGAUAGGUAUUGUUCGUGUAUGUUAUCAUCCUGGAUCUUUACAAGGAAUAAAUGAAACUAACGGAUGCAAAAAUUGGACUAAUGAUGCUAGUGGAUAUACCGCACAUUACUGUUUUUGUGAUACAGACUAUUGUAAUUCUUCAUUAAUCAACUCAGGUGUAGUAAACGUUAUCAUGUUUUUAAUGUUGAUUAUAUGGAUAGUCAGUUAAUUGCCCAAUGCAUAGGGUAUUUAUUACUUACAUCUUGGAAAUGACUUUUUUCAACAGAAAACCAGCAGCACGGUGGUCUAAGAAUACCUGGUGUUUCAUCUAGAGCAUUGCAUUUUCAUCCAGAUUUGACAAUUUUCUGAAGUACAGUCAGAUUGUAUCGUGAACUGAUUUUGGUGAAAAAUGUUGAUUCAAUUGACCAUGUCUUUUUUUGGAUACAAGCUUUUUUCAUGUUAAAUUGAGUAUGCUUAUAUAAGUCACUGCAAGAACAUCUUUCAUUUUGAAAUAUUAUUUAUCUCAUUUGUAUUUUAUUAAAAGAAAAAGGUAUGUUAAAGUGAUAAAAAAUGUACUACACUUAGAUUCUUAUUUAUUCAUUUACAUUGAUUUAUGUUUGUUAUAAACAUUAUAGUUGGACUGGUAUUGUCACAUACUAAACUCGGAAGGGCAAAACACGCAAAAUGCUAAUAAUUGUAAUGGUUUUAAUUUUUGGUUUGCUACAAUAAAACUGUCAUGUGUUCUUCUUUAGAAACUGUUAUCUGAAAUAAAAAUGUAACUACAAUGUCAAUGCUCAUUAAAGCAUGAAUAUUUUAUAAUAUUUUUUAGAUAAGCUCAGUCUUAAGUGUGAUUUGUCAAUGUAACGAGUGUCUGUAUUGUAGCUUUAUGACUUUUACUAAAAUAAAUGUCAACUUUGCCAUAAGGAAUAAGAUGAUUUAGUAUUUGACAAACUUAGAUUUAGCAAUCACUGUUUCAUAUAUUAUCUAUUCAAAUAACGCUUAAAUUGUAUAACGAAUCGCGGAUAAUUGGGGAUUCAGGUGGAUUUACAAUAUUUCCAAGUAAGGAAUCGAAAACAAACGACACUGAUACA